AUGAUCACAAACAAUCAUUCCAGUGCCUGCAAGUACGAUGCCGUCUCCAGCGAGGAGACAGCGGUCGCUGAUCCCGCCUCAACAGCUCUUCCGACAAGGAAGAAGCGAUGGAUCAAAGGCUUGCUAUUUUGCGCGCUUGGUGUUGCGCUAGCAUUCAUAGCCCAUCUUGUUCUUAUGUUGCAACUAGCCGCCAAAGCCUUCUCACGAGGCUAUGGGUGGGGCUCAUCGUCGGCCGUCAUUUACGACGGCGAGUGUGAUACAGCCAAUCGAACCGCAACAGGACUGCAUGUCCUUAUCAACGUCAUCGUCCUCACUCUCACUGCAACCAGUAGUUACUGCUGUCAGGUCCUAUCAGCUCCAUCACGAGGUCGAAUCGAUGUUGCGCAUUCUCAGAGGGUCUGGGUGUCGAUUGGAUCUUCCAGUUUCACCAAUAUCUGGUAUGCGCCUCGAUGGCGGAAGAUGUUGUGGUUUUUGGUGUUUGGGACCUCGCUCCCUGUCCAGAUGAUAUAUAACUCCUUCGUCUAUGUAUCAAUUGGCGCAAAUGACUUUGGUCUUCUUCAUGCACCGAAGUGGCUUAACCAAGGCCCUGCAUCCUUCGAUGGAUCGACGGGUGCAUCAUUCAAUGUGUCGAGUGAUUUCCAGGACGCCAUGGGGAUGAGCUUGAAGGGGUUGAACAAAGAGAUCGCCUCCGGAAGUUUGCAACAGCUGGAUGCUGCCUCAUGUACGCAGGCAUACAGCCAGGGCUAUCAAAUCUCACGGAGUACUUUGGUUGUUUUCACCGAAUGGUGGGACGACGAGUCCAAUCUUGAGCCGUGGACGUGCCAAACCUCCCAGAACCACGGUCAAGUAAAUGUUACUGGCUCAAACAGCAAGGGCAAUAAUCAUCCGUGUGUGCUUUUUGCCCAGGAGCAAAGAAAACCCAAUGGCACCUACGUCACCGCGGGUUUCUUUCCAGAUUAUGCAUACAUAUUCGAUUACCGCAAUUCGGAGCAGGUUUAUACUUGCUAUAGUCGAACUGUUGAUGUGUCUUGCGAACUAAGCUGCUCUUUACCCAUUGGGCUAGCUGUUUUGACCUGCAUUGGAUUAAAGUUGCUCUGCAUAAUAAUCGCAGCUCUGGACCGCCGACAGGAGAUCAUCUUGACCGUGGGAGACGCCAUCGCAUCGUUUUUAGGACGAUCCGAUCCCUAUACCUUGAACAAUUGCCUAAUGACUCGAUCAAACAAAGGUCAUCCUAAAUCUGUACCCACUGCAUUCAGGAACGAUUAUCCUUGGGUCUCGGUCUUUUCCCAAGCUGUCCCUUUUCGUCAGGGCCACACUCCGCCGCCGCAGCCAAAGAGAAUCCACAGUGCCCGUCAAAGAUGGUACUAUGCUUUGCCUGAGCGACUAUUCAGGUUCCUUCUUCUUUUCAAAGUUAGCAUCAUGGUUCUGGCGGUCCUGGCCUUUGUGUUACCCAAUUACAUCAGCGGAGUAGAUGUCAAUGAGGGCGGCAUGUCCUCUUCAGAACAGAGGAUCAACUCGAUAUAUCAUUCGAAAGUGUCCCUACUUAACGGAGGCUUCAUUGCGACGGUGCUGUGCGUGAACACUCCACAGGCAGUAAUUUCGAUCAUCUACUCCGUCUACAAUAACACUCUCACUCGACUGCUCCUGGCCUCCGAAUACAACAACUAUGCCGUCGAGCGGAGACCCCUCCGUGUUUCCUUUCCCACAGGCAAGCAGCGUUCAACAUACUGGCUGUCUAUUCCAUACCGGUACACUAUCCCUUUGCUCACUCUUUUCACUCUGGCCCACUGGCUUUCCUCCCAGGCAUUUUCCUUGGUCCAGAUCGUCCCCAUAACUAUCCAAGGGGAACAUGACCGCAGUCGAGUGAUGGUUGGUGUGGCUACUUCGUCACUAGGGAUGAAGCUAAUGGCAAUUCCUGUGCUUGUCGCGCUGGUAGCAAUAUUUGUCCUAAUGUUCCGCAAAUUCCAGUCGGCAGCCAUGCCUAUUGCGAUGAAUUGCAGUGCAGCCAUCAGCGCCGCCUGUCAUCCUCCAGUGGGUGAUACGGAUGCUGCAGAAAAGCCGGUAGUGUGGGGAGAGGUUGAGGUGAACGUGGCGAGUCUGUCGACAGCUUUGGGGCCGGGCGUGGAGGAUUUCCAAACGGAGUGCCGCCACUGUAGUUUCACAUCUCAGGGUGUCAAAGAGCCUGACUCGAGGAUUUUGUAUUAUUGA